GACGAGUGGUGGGAAAAACAAAAUAAUGAAGUCCCUGGUAAAUUACUAGUCUAUCUAAAUGUUUGUAACAGUCAGAGAAAAAAAUCGAAAGACCCGUAUUUUUUACGAUAAUUUGUUUUGGAAAAGGAAACAUUCAGGUUCAGAAUCCAAUGAUGAAGAGGUAGAGAAUGACAAAGAAGACAGCAAACAAAACAAAAGAAAGAUAACUCCUACUGAAACAGAUAAAGAUGAGGAUCCUCCCAAGAAAAAGAAGAAAAAGAAACGAAAGAGAAUUACAGAAGAAUUAAAGGAAGGAAGUUCAAAAAGAGGCUCAGCCCAACAGCUGGUAGAGGUCAUAGGGAAACAUUUUGAUGGGAAAUUAUCAGCUGUAGAACAGGAUGAGAUGAAACUUGAUACUGGUGAUGAUUUCUAUGGUAGUAGUGAGGAAGACCACACACCAACAUCCUAUUUUAGGUCAAUUUUACCAAAGUGGAAUAAACUACUGAAGACAGAACUAAAGCCAGGAUCUCCUCUGGUUCUUGUUCUAUGUUCCUCAGCAAUCAGAGCAGUAGAAUUAAACAGAGAAUUGCAAGAUUUUAAAACAGAAAGUUGUAAAUGUGCCAAAUUAUUUGCAAAACAUUUUAAGUUAGAAGAACAGCAAAAGUUCCUAGAGAAAAGAGUUUGUCAUGUAGGCAUUGGUACACCCAACAGAAUCUUGGCUUUGUUAAAAUUAAAAGCACUACAUCCUGAUGUAAUAAAGGCAGUUGUAUUGGAUUUUAACUGGAGAGAUGUCAAGUCAAAGAGAAUUAUAGACAUUCCCGAUGUGAAAGGAGAUCUCUUGAAUCUAAUGAAAGACUAUCUUAUUCCUCAUAUAAACAGUUCUAAAUGUAAAAUUGGAAUAUUAUGAUAUAAAAAGAUCAGUUUUA